AUGCAGGACAAUUCUCACUAUUUUGAGGCCGACCCCGACUGGACGAGCUUCGCCGAAAAGAAUGGCUACAGCCUGAAAUCACCACCAUACGAAGUUCCAAAUAUUGAUCUCCCAGCAGCGCGGGCUGACCAGAAUGUUAGCGAAGCAGAGUGGACGAAAAUACACCCACUCAGUUCUGUCGGCUACGAGUCCAUCGACAUCACUAUUCCAGCACGGGAUGGCUACGAAGUCCCCGUCAAAGUGUCACGCCCACUCGCCUCACGCGUCCCCACUACAAGAAAUCUCCCCUUACUCUUCGUCACCCAUGGCGGUGGCUGGGUUCAGGGUACACACAUCACAGAGGAGGCAUGGUUACUGUGGCCACUAUAUGCCGAUUUCGACUUCGUGGUUAUCAGUGUUGAGUAUCGACUUGCACCUGAUAACCCUUCACCAACCUAUAUGGACGACUCGUGGGAUGUGCUGACAAAUACCUUGGCAAGGAGCGAUGAAUUCCGCUUUGAUGCUGACAGGGUCAUAUUGGCGGGAAGUUCUGCCGGUGGGGGCGUUGCAGCGACACUCUCUCAGGCCGCGCUAGCUAAGAACAUGAAGAUUCGUGGCGUGCUACUCAAUGUCCCAGUGCUCUGCGACUACAGGCAUUUCCCCCAGAACAAAUUUUCAUAUACGAGUUAUGAAGAAUGCGGCGGCGCUUUUCUUUCUUCUGGAGAGAUGCGCACAAUCUGGGAUAUUGUCGUGCCUUCGCCAACCGCAGGCUCCGAUCCUAAGAUAUCACCCCUUCUAGGUGAUGUUAAUGGUCUUCCACCACACAUCAUCUACGUGGCAGGACAAGAUCCUCUACGAGAUGAAGGGAUUGCAUACGCCGAGAAGCUCAAUAAAGCGCGUGUGAAGACAUCGCUGGUCGUGUAUCAGGGCGUGCCUCAUAAUUUUGGCGAGUUCUGGACGAUAGAGGCUACCCAGCGAUGGUGGAUCGACCUCAAAAUGCAUGUGAGAGAAAUACUAGAGCUAUAA